AUGUUCCGUUUGUCUUUCAGAACUGGAUUGUUCAUUGCCUGCCUUGGUAAGUGUUAGCUAGUAAUGUCGGUCACAAAUUAAAAAAGGAUUUGGUAUCUCGGUUUGCUCGCUUUGGUACAGUAAAUUAACCACAGUCAAUUUAAUUUCCUAGUUUAAAGGAAGAAGCAAAAUAAUUCAAAACCGGUAAUCAUAUUUAAACUGAUCAUUCAUGCGAACAAGCUGAAGUCUUGCAAUUGAUCUUAUCGGUUUACUCGUUUGGAAACAGAAACAAAAUUAUGCUCUUUGAAAAUAAAAUUUCUUCAGCAUUUAAUUAAUCUGAGGGCGCUUACCAUUUGCCAGAACUGGUGGGCUAGACCAGUCAAGUCGAACUAGACAGGAUUAUCCCGUCAGCCAGAUCGAUUUAGGCCUUAAAUAACGUGCACAGCAGUGAUGGGUUUUAGUUAAAAUUUCAAGAAAAUAUCAACAUUUCAUUUUCAAAAUGACUGGUCGGGCCGUCCCUUUCUGACUUCUGGAAAGCGCCCUAAUAAGAAUGGCACUGUCGUUUCAAGUGAAAUGACCACAUGAGUACUCGCUUAAAUUCUCGUCAACUGUUGAAAAUUUUCUACGUCCUCACAAACUGUCUAAUUUCAAACAAACAGGAAGGCCAUAAGGCGAAGUUUAGUAAUUUCUGCUGUGAUAGCUGUAUUAUAGAGCUAAACAGUCACUAUUAAAUCGGCCAGUAAUUGCAGCAACUAUACCUGUGAAAACUAAUAAAAACGCAGUAGUAAAUCUUAAAAUUAUGAUGAAUUUUAUUUGUGAGUUUCUAGGUUCUUCUCCAAUGCCAGCAAAAUAUUUCCCAUUUCAAUAUCUUGGAGGUGAUUAUAAUAUUGUUGGCGUGAAAGUGAAUGAAACAGAGAACAAAAAGUUUCCCAAUAGCUCUUAAAAUCGUCAACUGAUGAAACCUCUACAGCUCUCAAGUCCGACAGACUCAAUGUCUACUACAGACUUGGAAUUCACGCAAUAUUAAAUUAAAACCAUACAAAGUUUGAGAAAAAAAAAAAGCUUAAAAAUGUUUGCAGCAUUUAAUAAUAUAUUCUUGUUUAAGGAAAAAUCCUAGAACAUGCAAUAUAUUUGGUUUCAGUUUUAAACGCCCUUUCCGGCGAGUCAUGUAGUCCAGCGAGUCACACUUCCUAUGGAUUCUAGCCCUCCAAUGAUUAUUGAUCUAAGCGGACAGGCUCAUUUGUAAUGCGUCGUUUGGUUUUUGGUCUGCUUAAAAUAAUUAAUAGAUAGCAAAGAAACGAUAUUUGCCCUUCCUUGGAAAUGGCUAAAUUAGACAAAUUUAAAAUUUAUUUUCAUAAUUGGUGGUUCAGAUAUGCCAGGAAAGAAGAAUACUGCCCAUGUUAUAAGCGCCUGGAAUGUGUCGUUUGUAAAAGUCUACUAUAUAACCUAGGCGUUUAUAGGUAACGAAUAUCAUCAUAUCGUGAGGAUGGUUUUAGGGACUUGAAAGCACGCGACUACAUAAUUUCAGCGCAAGAGUGUUUCGGCGUAUGACUGAAGAUUUUGGAAAAAACUAUCAUCUAACAUUGACAUUAUUUGGCCCAGUUUCUUUGAUGUCUUUUUUUUUAAAGAAUAAGCUCAAGAAAACUGUUUAGAUUGUAAUGUUUAGCAGUCAAUUGUAAACGGUUCAUUUAUGUUUACAGCAAAUACCUGUACGAGGAAGCUUGAUAGAAAAUGUAUGGCCCCCGUUAUUUUCCUGAAACUAUAAUUAUUCAUUAUUUUUGGGCUGUAUUUAAUGCAUUUUAUUGCUACAAAUAAGAUCGAAAGUAUGUCACAGUAUACCCUUACAAGUGCUUGGUGCCAAAAAAUAUUACAUGUGCAGGUUUUCGUGCGUACGAUCCUUCAAGAUUUUAAAUAAUACAUCAAUAUAGUCAAGUCAUACUUCAAGAUGUAUUGAGCGUGUAAUCACGCAAGUGAUCAGUAAAUGAACAAAGUUGAAUAAAUUUAAUAACAGACAAGGAUCUUCCGUUGCAAAGUGGAAAGUCGCAGAAAAACUGUUAAUUUCACCUAGACAAUGGAGAAUGGAGAAGCUCAGCUUAACCAGUGUAAAACGACUUUAUAAAGAAGGCCUAGGGAUAUAAGAUUUGGUUUAGUACUGGUCUUCUGAUUUAAAAAGGUUCCCAUGAAUUGAGUCAUAACCUUAUUCCGCUCUUAACCAAAUAUCUUGAAUGACUGAGUUCUCUUAUUUUUUGACAGGUUUUGUUUACUAGUCACGUUUAUCUUUGAUUGGUUGGUGAAAAAACAGGAAAAUGGCAAAACGAUUAUUUUAGUAUUAGAAACUAUAGGCCCCGUCCAUACGUAUUCGGAUAUUUUUGAAAAUGGAGAUUUUUUUCUCCGUGUUAGCCUUCCGUCUACAUGUAAACGGCGUUUUUUUGGCACCAAAAACGCAGGUUUUCGAAAACGGUUUCCGUGGUGAAGAUUUCCUGAAACGCCACCUCCUCUCAUUCCACGCGAACGGACGAAGAAGGUUUUCGAAUACUUUGAUGUCAUACAUCAUAUACUAGUAGCAUUACGCAUGCUCGGUAGGGGAAUAUACUAUAAUUCCAAAACUUCCACCGUACAGUAGAACCCCGCCUUACGACCACCCCGUUUAUAAGACCACCUUUUUAUUACGGCCAUAUUCUUUCAGACCAAACGUAAAAACCAUUGAGGCAUUUUAUUAUUUUGUAGACCCCGUUAGUGCGACCACCUUGUUAUUACGACCAGGAUUUUAUGGCCCAACGGUGGUCGCAUUAACGGGGUUCCACAGUAUUAGCGUUUUUAAGUGGACGAGCGAAUUAACGAUUCAAAUACCCUUCUUGUGGACGCGUAUUUUUUUAACGGGAGAAACAAAUCUCUGUUGUCCAAUUUCUGUAUUCGUUUAGGAUUAUAAUUAUGUGAAAGUCCCGCCACUCUGGGGUACGUGCACAGUGCUUCAUGGAGAGGCCCAUUCGUUGGAUCCUCAAUCUAAGCUUUAACAAACUUUGUUUUAUUCCAUAGCAACACUGCUAAUAUCAUGUUUCGCCACUGAUGAAGUUGACACAGCUAAAAACACUGCGCUAAUCCGUGGGGGUGAUACUUCCGUCCUAUUAGAAGGAGAGUCGGGAAAAAUUUCUACGGUCUAUUUUAAGCCGGAUGAUGAUGAUGAUGACGGCAAAGACAAUAACGAUGAUGACGAGAAAGAAGAUUUUAGUGACAACAAUGAGGAAUUAUUAUCCUUUCAAGUGGAAUCACUUCAAGAGGUGGGCGGUGAUGGUAAGUCGUUUUUUUUAACGUUAUGGAGUUUAUGUUUUAAAAGAGCGGGCAACUAGUGGUAAGAAUUACAUAUGAUCAGAAAAUCUCUAGAGAUCGUUUGGAGGGACAGUAAAAACAUGGCGGACAGCAAAAACAACCUGUUAAAGAGGCUCUCAGGAUUAUCCUAACUAAAAAGACAUACCUUAAAGAUCUUUAAAAUAUUCUACAAUAUAGUGAGGAAAGGUGGCAUCUCUAAACUUUAAUUGCAGUUUGGCACACAAUUCAACACCUGCAACGCGCCGUGUUUGUUGACCUUCAUGGUGUCCCUCCAAACAAUCCAAAGAAACGUGGUCGCAUAUCAUACCCAGUUUUUUAACUCGUUUAGAAGAUGGCGAAUUUAUUUCUUGCCGAGGGUUUACGGAAUGAGAAGAUGAUUGCUCAUAUUCAAGCUAAAAAUGUCAGAAAAACAAAGAAAGAAGAUAUACGGAAGGAACUGAAGAUCUAAAUAGAUGGAAAGAAAACAUAAACAUUUUCUAAUCACAGUCACUUGAAAUGGCCAUCGUAAGUGAAUACAAAAAAGCCUGGUAGAACGCUAAAUCUGUUCGCUUCAGUGAAAGAGAAAUAAGGACGCCAAAGUUACAAUAGCUACGGUUUAGCUCACACUCUGUUAGGAUGUUUUGCAGGUAAUGUCACUCCAGAAUAAGCGGUCCACGCGGUUGGACCAGCCGUACGCUAAACCAGUCUAACUGCUUUUCUCUGAUCAUUCAUUUUAAAUUUCCCUUUACAGAAAGCUAUGUACCGGUAAAAUUUUAAAUUUCACCCGAAAGAAAUUAAAAAUGCAAGUUUCUCAGCAAAGCUAGGGGGGUCCAACAGGGGCACGAAGGGGCAACCGGCCUCAUCUCCUUGGCCAUUUCUCUAAGCAGCCAUCUUACCUUCGGCUCCGUCAACUCUGAAAGUAAUUAUAAACACUUUUACAGUCAAUAGGCCAUUUCGACGAUCGAUUCAGUGAACUACAACCACCAGGGUUCACAUAGUUUUUGCUGUCUUACUUUAAUUAAGUAAGAUUUAAACAACAACAGCCCAGAUUUUCACUUAAAACAAUAGGCAAACAAAAUCAAACUGAAGGAUUCUAAUAGUUGUAGCCAAAUGACGUUACCGUUCAAAUGUGCUAUUACAGCUUGCUACGGGCACCUUUGUAGUGUCAAAUGAGUGUGUUUUCAGGAAAACGUAAAAUGUUCUUUCUUUAAACUAUUUUAUGCACGACUUGUAGAAAUUUAUCCUUGUAGACACCCUCUCAACAGUCCUAUGAACCGUGAUUUAAAAAAAAGUGACUGACAUCAUUGUCUCCCACCAGCUAAGGCUGAGACAUAAAGUGAAUAAUUUUCUCUGUCUGUUUAACUGCAGGGAAGCCUGUUGGUCUUCAAGGAUCUUUACGGCACGGUGUCAACUCUUUGGAUUCAAUAAUGUUUAGGUUUUCGGCGUUGGAUAACUCGACCUUUUAUCAAGGAAUCCCCGUGAAAAUCAUCAAUAUGUCCGAAUCAGUUUUGAGUAACCAGCAGGGUAACCUUCGCCUCGUGGUUAUGGUUUUUCUUAGCGCGGGUAACGUUACUUUUGGCAAUGAGACGUUUAGAGUGCAGAGUGGAACAAUGAAGUUUAACAUUGAGGUAAGUUCGGCAGUUCCUUCAAUACUGAACUUCACGCAAAGUAAAAACUUUGGUCACGGUCCCGUAAUGGACUUGCGUACGUUAAACAGUUGCUGAUCUGCUGACAGAUGGAGUGCAGUUCUAAAAGGACAAUUCAUUUUAGCGGCUUGGUUUUAUAUAUAUGAGGUUAGGCCGGCCGGCUCAUGCCUUCUUUUCUUUUUUUGAGAAGAAGGUUGGCCUUCUUGCCGAGAUCAAGACUCGAGCAACCGAUAUAUGCGGGCAAGCCAGCCCAGCUUCUGAUUUAAGGGCACAUGUUUUAAGGAAAAAAGCAAGAGCCGAGCAGAACUUGCCAGGCUGAUCGCCGGCUAACCGGACUGGCCACCCUCAUAUAGUAAGGCCUUCUAACGACAGUCACACUCUUUCGUCAAGGAGACUAAAGCACGUUCCCGCCGAAAUAUAAUGAAUGAUUAACAAACUAAUGCAUAUAAAUUCAUUAUAAUGAUUCCACUGUUUCUUCUCCAAGGUCAGUGAUUGGCCAUUUUGUAAUGCUUCUGUGAGCUGCCUUUCACAAAGCAAUCAGCCAGAAAUUGGGGAAUUCCUUGAGCUCACACUUGGCAUUAAGAGUGAAGCAGAUGACCUGGAAGAGGAAGUCGACAGUGACAUUUGCGUGGACCCUGAUGAUGACCCGAAUGAGAACGACGACGACUGCCCCAAGGUCUACAAACUGGGUGGCAACUCCAAGAUGGCCCUCAAUAAAGGGGUAAGUAGAGAAGUUAGUCUACACGUACACGAGAAGCGCAUUUAUAUUUUACCGACUUGUUAACACGAGUUGCCUGCCUACCUCGAAUGUGACGUUAGCGCAAAUAAAAACAAGCUGACAGCAAACACACUAAGAAAUGACAUAAGAUAUGUUGUUUGACCUGAAACAACCAUAGCUUCGUGCGAUAUCCCCUCCUAUAAUAGAAACGCCUCGGUAAACUAAAGUAUAAAAUCAGGGGCACCUAACGACCGAAUGUUCCCAAAUACGCCAGAAGUGUCUCAAAUGGUUUUCUCUGUGCUUUAGAAACCUGUUUGGUUAAUUUGGAGUUUCCCUAAAAACUAUUUGUUAGAACUUUGGUUGUUACGAAAGUCUUAGGUGGCUUUUUCGUCUCAUGCGAAAGUGUUAGCUACCCUUAUGGAAGGGUGCGAAUGGGGUUAACAGUUAACUGAUAAUUGGCCAAAAAAUUAGUAGUUAACUGAUAAAUGAAAAGUUAACAGUUAAGUGAUAUUAUAUUACUUUUAACGAAAGCAACAAAGUUUUGCAAACAGAAAUGCUACUUUCUGACAUUUUUCUGUCCCGCUGAUGACCCGGUGGCACAUUAACUGAUAUUACGUCAUCAGGGCAGUACAUGACAAACAGAAAGCGUCAUUCAAAGAGCUGGUUGUAGACAACUCAACGAAUAAUUCUUCUUCUAAUAUUAACAAGAUUUCUGCGUUCGGAUUUUAAGAUUUUAUUUGACGCAAAAUGUGAAAUGAUGACAUGUCAACGGAUGACGUCAAAAGAACUAAAAACAUUAGCUAACGUAAAGCAUCUUAACACUUGGAGCGUAUUUUUGAAAUGCCUAUGCAGGCCAACAAAAUUAAUGGCAAAUGAACUUAAAGUACCACGCCUUGAUGGCCGUUUUGAGGGAUAGUUUGGCCCCACCAUGCUUGGAUUUGUCCCUUUCAUUUUAAGGGAUUUCGAAUGAGUUCAUGGCACUUUCAAAGAGAAAAGUUAUACUUUUUGUCUUAAAUCUGAUUUAUUCUUUCUAUUUCUCCAGGUUUUAAUCGACACCGGCAAUUAUGUUGCAAUGCCACAAGGAUUUCCGAAAGUGGAGGGCACUGGAAGGAUGGAUAAAAAGGUGAUUUUCCGAAUCCCCGUCUUCAACAACACUGCGAUCCUGGACCCCAGCGUUGACGUGGGACCCCCGACAAAAAAACCGGGCAAUGGUACUGGGCAUAAUUCUGCAUCGUCCGUUCAGUUCAUUUCACUUGCCUUUAUCUUGAGUUAUUUUUUAGUCUAUUAUCGUUAA